GCUCCCCAAAUCGAGGAAUCUCGUUCGUGGUCUGCCGCCGUUCCGCUCACUGCAUCGCCGUACUACACCCCUUCCGUUCUGGCACAAACGCACAGCCCCAAAGUACAGUCGCCCCGACAACCAACUUCCUGGUCGUUUCUGCCAUCCUCCGAUACUGGAUCGACCAACCCAUCUCCGACCACUAUCCGGUCGACCCACCAGCCCGAUAUCAAGACGCAACUUCAGUCAUCCUCUGUAAACAGGCCCGAGCCCGAGUCCGAGUCCGAGCUCUCCAACUUCACCUCUUCUGGUCCCGCCUUCCUCUCGGACGCAGCGUCAAGAAGCGGCCUGAACACUGGCGCAAAAGCCGUCUACAUCAACCUCUUCAACGAGCAGUCCUUGGUCUGCCCAACUGCAAGCGACUCUUACAGCCCCCCUCCGACCUACCUCGUAAAGACCCCCGGAGACGGCGACGGCAAAGGCGCAGUGUACCAGAGCUGUGAGGCCAGAGACCUCUGUCAAACGAUGUUUACUGCAGAUUCCGCUCCUGUCGGAAGGAUCUCUACCUUUUCUAUCCUCCGUCCGAUCGCAUUCUGUCAUGGCCAGACGCUUCACGAACCGAUAGAUGAGGCUGCAUCACAACAUAGCUUACGGGUGAGUGAUCCUUGUUCCAUAAAGACACACUAUGUUCCUAGUUAUCCCAUCAUCAUCACCAACAUUCGGCCUCGAACCAGGAAUAUUAGACCAUCGAUUGGUUUGGGCUUUCUUUCAUCCGAGCCAUUUACCAACCUCAUUCUCAUGGUUCACUUGUCCUCCGAGAGUAAAGGGACACAAAACCGUCAGGCGUCCAUGACCCGACGCUCCGUGAUGGAUGUGUUUCAACCGACUUUCGAGUCCUGGCUCCCGCGAGGCGACGUUCUGCCCGAGUCCAACUGCUGUAGUGAACCAGACCGUAGGCUGAUGGAAGUGGCCCUUCCCGACACGGUGACACCGUCGCUGUCGUCAGCUGCCGAGACGAUGCUGCGUGUUCCGAGCCGGCUGGAGAUCGGACUAGGAUCCCGGGUCAGCCAAGAUCUGACCUCCGCAUCCGACUCAGGAAGAGGCUGGUCCGACGAAGAGGCCAGUUGCCAAAAAACCCUCGGACAGGAGGCUGAUCUUCUCGCCUCGGCCCAGCUACCGUUUGUCCGCACCGUCCUCGGCCGGGAGGCCAGCCAACCCUCUUCCGCAUCGCCGUCCAGCGCUCACAAGGGCACUCAAAAAGUCUAUGCAAUCGGUGAACUUACUGCUGGCCAUUGA